AUGGUCGAUUUAAACGUCAAUGGCAAGACCGCGGUUGUCACCGGUGGCACCAGGGGAUUGGGCCUCUACACUGCUGAAGCAUAUGUGCUCAAUGGGGCAAAGACUGUGGUGAUCACUUCCAGAAAGGACAAGGCAUGCCAGGAAGCCAAAGAGUAUUUGGACAAGCUCGCCAAGGAGAACGGCAAGUCUACCAACGUGAUUGCACUUGCAGCAGAUUUGGCUAAGGAGGACGACUGUCAGAGAUUCUUUGAUGAGGUCUCUAAGCAGGUGGAUACUGUCAACAUUUUGGUUGCUAAUGCUGGAGCCAGUUGGGGUGCACCAUUGGAGGACCACCCUGUUUCUGCUGUGAAGAAGAUCUUGGACUUGAACGUUGUGGCUGUGUUCCACACCAUCAAGCUUUUCGCACCAUUGCUCGAGGCAGCUGGAACUGCCGAGGAUCCAUCGAGAAUCAUCAUCAUGUCCUCCGUCGCUUCUUUGGUUUCUGCAGACCCAGUUGGAACCUACGGAUACUUAGCCUCAAAGGCAGGUGUGUCGCACUUGGGUAAGAACUUGGCCACACAAUUGGGACCACGUAACAUCACCGUCAACUCCUUGGCUCCAGGAUUCUUCCCAACCAAGAUGUCACAAGGAGUGUUGGACAUGGCCGGAGACGUCAUGCUGGAUCUGAACCCACGUAAGAGACUUGGAGUCAAGGAGGACUUGAUGAAUGCAGUUCUAUUCUUGAGUGCGAAGGAAUCCAACUACAUUAAUGGUAUUGUAUUGCCAGUUGAUGGAGGUGCGCACAAUGGAGGUUCCUUCACACCUAAGAUUUGA